CAGGAACAUCCCUGGGUAUCUCGUGGGGGGAUGAAGCUUGACCAUGCAAUCAGAGAAUUUUCUGUUGAAGUCAAAGACGUGGUAGCGGUUGACGUGGGUUGUAGUACUGGGGGGUUUACGAAUGUAUUGCUGCACUAUGGAGCGUCAAAGGAAAGAACAUAUACUCUCCUAUAUGGCCAGGAUCCUCGAGUCGUGGUGCUGGAGAGAACGAAUGCAAGAAACUUGACCCGAGAUGUUAUCGCAGACGCGCCAUCCAUGAUAGUCUGUGACGCAUCUUUUAUCCCUCUGCACAAAGUGUUGCCAGCCUCGUUAAAGCUUUGUCAACCUCCAUCAGUGCUGUUGGCCUUGAUCAAACCUCAGUUUGAGGCCCUUAGGCACGAGGUCGAAUCGGGGACUGGAGUUGUGCGUGACGGGAAAGUGCACGAGAGGGUUUGCUCCGAAGUCUCUUCGUGGUUGAAAUCGGUUGGAUGGGAGGUGCAAGGGAUCACUCAGAGUCCCAUUACAGGGCCCAACGGGAACAUUGAAUUCAUCAUCUAUGCAAGACUGCAGAAUGUUAUGGAAACAUGA